ACGAUUAACAUUAUCCUCCUUGUCGCUGGUGUGCUCAAUGACACUGUUGAUUCAAUUGAUUUUGUUGCCGUUGAAUUUCAGCUUUUUCCAUGGCAUUUCCAUUCAAAACCCUAACUAUCUACUUCCAUUGACUUCUUUCUAUAAAAUUCUCACUACCAAACGGUUUUCGUGAUCCGAUUAUCAGUUAAUCCAACGAUGAAUCAACUACAAAGCAUCCCUUCUUCUUCCGACGACGACUCUGGUUCUAUGAACACCGCUCGACAGAGUGCAGGGCAAAGCCACAUAAGUGGAGAAAGUGGUAAUUCAAUGGUAAUGGGAGCAGGUUUUGAAGGCUCACGUCAUUGGCAUGAUGUAUUCUGGCUAGGGAUCUUUCUAUUGCAUUUAAUAUUAGUAGGUCUUGCACUUGGGGUACUUGGACUUAAUAGGUUUAGAAAGAAAGAUAGACUUAAACUGGAUCAAUACACAUACAAGUUCCUUGGAAAUGAAGCUGAUUUAACAGAAGACUAUUGGCCACUAUAUGCCAUUGCUGCUGGAGUUGGGACACUUCUUGGAUGGGCUUGGUUGUUGUUGCUUGGUUCACGUGCAAAUCAAAUGAUGAGGAUUUCUGUCCACAUAUUGACUACUUAUCUUGCAGUUCUUAGUGUUUUGUGCUUUUGGGGCAAAAUGGUCUUUUGGGGUGUUGCUUUUGCUAUCGGUUCUGGUUUUCAGUUUUUAUAUAUCAUAUCCGUCAUAGACAGACUUCCAUUUACAAUGUUGGUUUUACAAAGAGCUGUAAAAAUGGUAUGGAGGCUUCCAAAUGUUAUGAGAAUAGCAUGUGCAUUCAUGGUAAUCAUGUGUCUAUGGUUAUCCCUAUGGUCAUUUGGUGCAGCCGGAGUGGUGGCUUCAAGCAUUGGUGAUGGUGGACGCUGGUGGCUACUUGUGGUUUUGUCAGUGAGUUUGUUUUGGACAGGGGCAGUUCUUUGUAAUACUGUUCAUGUUAUAGCAUCUGGAAUGGUGUUUCUUGUGCUUAUCCAUGGUGGACAAGAAGCAGCAUCAAUGCCUAAUAAUCCUUUGAUGCAAUCUUUGAGAUAUGCUGUGACUACUUCUUUUGGAAGCAUAUGUUAUGGAUCACUUUUCACUGCUGCUAUUCGAACACUUCGGUGGGAGAUUAGGGGAUUCAGAUCCAAAAUUGGCAACAAUGAAUGUCUUCUAUGCUGUGUUGACUUCCUCUUUCAUCUAGUUGAAACCCUUGUUCGUUUCUUCAACAAAUACGCAUACGUACAGAUUGCAGUUUAUGGGAAAAGUUUCAAUCACUCAGCAAGAGACGCAUGGGAGUUAUUCCAAUCAACUGGUGUUGAAGCACUUAUUGCAUAUGAUUGCUCAGGAGCUGUUUUACUAAUGGGGACGCUUUUGGGUGGGCUUAUGACUGGAACUUGUGCUGCUGUUUUGACCAGGAUUAAACAUUCUGACCGUGUCAUCAUGAUGGGGUCCACCGCAGGGUUAUUGGGCAUGAUCUUGGUUGGAUUGGCGAUGGUGGUGGUUGAAAGUGCGGUUACAUCGAUAUACAUAUGUUAUGCGGAAGAUCCAUUAUUGAUACACAGGUGGGACCCAGAGUUUUUUAACCAGAUGUCAGAGACGCUGCAUCAGCGUCUCCAACAUAGAAGUUCACGAGGAACUCAAGUAUUGAACCGGAAUCGGCCUGUUGUUGACCGUAUACAAGAAACAAUCACCGUAUGAUUCUUAAACUUUUAGUUUUUAAUUUUUUUUGAGAAUUUAAUCUUCAUUUACUUUUAUGAUGUAUAGUUUUUUGUUCUUAUGUUUGGGUCAUGAUCUAAUUAUUCACUUUAGUAAGAAACUUAAGAAACUAAGAAUGAUUUCAAAUGUUUUAUUGUCUUAUGAUGUAAUGAUCGUGUUUGUAGUGUUUUUUU